UGGUGAAUCUUACCCAUCUUAGAUGUAAUAGAUGUGAUGAUUUAACUCACAUGCCACGUGGAAUAGGGAAGCUGACUUCACUUGAGGAGUUAAGCAUGUUUGUAGUGGAUAGAGAUGGUUCCCAUGACGGUGCAGAUCUAAGUGAAUUGAGUGGACUUAACAACUUAAGGGGACAGCUUAGAAUAAAAAAUUUGAGGUUUGUAAAAAAUGCAAAAGAGAAGUUUAAGACUCCUAUUUUGAAAGGGAAGCAACAUUUGAGAUCGUUGACUCUAGAAUGGAAUGGUGAUAACGAUGAUGAUGACAAUAAGUUGCUUGAAGACCUCCAGCCCCAUCCUAAUCUCAAGGAGCUCUGUAUCGAUGGAUGGGGGGGUGAUGCCAAAUUUCCAAGUUGGCUUUCUUUGCUCACAAAUCUCGUUCAUAUUUACAUAUGGGGUCCCAAUAAAUUCAAAUAUCUCCCGUCCGUUGCUCAAUUGCCUUGUCUUCAAGAUUUGACGAUUCGUGAUUGUUAUGAGCUGGAGUACAUGGAUGAUAAUAGCCCAAAAGGAAGUCAAGGAGAACCAGAAUCAUUCUUCCCAUCGCUCAAGUGUCUUGACCUCGAGAAUUGCCGGAAUAUGAAGAGUUGGUGGAGGACGACGAAACCAAUCGAUAAUGAUUCCAACGAGGACGACCCAACUGUUAUGGGAACGUCAACCAUGGCAUUUCCUUGUCUUUCCACUUUAUGGAUUAAAAAUUGCCCUUUGACUUCAAUGCCGUUGUAUCCAUUAGUCGAUGAUGAUCUAAGGUUGGUGAAUUCCAGUUCAAGGCCGUUUAAGCAGACUAUCAAGAUGAAGAUGAAUGCUAAGACCCCAUCAUGUUCAACCUCUUCUCUUCCUCUCUCCAAAUUGAAAUCUUUCUAUGUAAAGAAUAUGGAGGAUUUGGACACUCCCAUGCUAGAUGAGUACCUGCAACAUCUCACCAGCCUCAAAACAUUAACAAUAGAUGGUUGCAAGAAGGUUGAUUUAGUGGGCAUGCAAUGGGAGCCCCUUAAGAAUCUCUCUCGUUUGGAGAUUGUAUUUAUUCCACAGCUGGUUUCUCUCCCCAUUGGGCUUCAACAUCUUGUUGAAUUGAAAACAUUAGAAAUCCGUGAUUGCAGUGGAUUGAGGUCACUCUUUCCUGUGUUCCAACAUCUCACUUCCCUUGAAGAGUUUUUAAUAAGCGAUUGCAAGGAGCUGGAGUUAUCAGCACCUAAGUUCCAAAUAUUCCAAGAUCAUACAAGCCUGCGGUCUCUAUGUCUGGACAAUAUUCCGAAGUGUUGGCAACUUCCGGAGUGGAUUCAACAUCUAACAAAUCUGCAAAAGCUCCGUCUCUGGAAUUUGCCCAAUUUAACAUCGCUUCCGGAGGAGAUGCGUUGCCUAACCAAUUUGCAAUCGUUAACUAUAUUUAGAGUUCCUCAGUUGGAGGAAAGAUGUCGGAAGGACAUUGGCGCUGAUUGGCAUAAAAUUGCUCACAUCCCACGUAUUGAGUUGUAUCAGUAACCCAUUGGAGUCUAUUUUGAUGAAAGGCAUUUGACAACCUUAAGAUUUUAGCAUGAAUUCAAUGGAAGAGGCAAAAAACAAACUGUACAUGCAUU